AUGGGGCUGCCUCGCCGAGCGCGGGACGCUGCGGAGCUGCGCAAGAGCCUGAAGCCGUUGCUGGAAAAGCGACGCCGUGCGCGCAUCAACGAGAGCCUCAGCCAGCUCAGGGGGCUCAUCCUUCCGCUGCUGGGCAGGGAGAACUCCCGGUACUCGAAGCUAGAGAAGGCUGACAUUCUGGAAAUGACCGUGCGCUUCUUGCAGGAGCUCCCUGCGUCUUCCUGCCCUGCGGCAGCGCCUGGGCCCUCCGACAGCUACCGCGACGGCUACAGUGCCUGUGUUGCGCGCCUGGCUUGCGUGCUGCCCGCCUGCCAGGUCCUGGAGCCCGCGGUAAGUGAGCGCCUGCUGGAGCAUCUCCGACGGAGAGUGGCUGGAGCCACCCCGGACAGCGCAGGGGACUCCCGGGGCCCGUCCUCGGCUGCCUGGCCACCGGCACCCCCACCUGCGCCCUCACCGCCUGCACCUCUGUGUGGUUCGGGCCUCUGGCGGCCGUGGUAG